AUGAGGCCAGUAAUUUGUGUUGAUGGAAGUCAUUUGAAGGGCCAAUAUAAGGGAACACUACUAGUAGCUGCAACGCAAGAUGCUAACCUACAAAUAUAUCCUCUUGCGUGGAGUGUUGUCGAUGGGGAAACAAAUGCAUCGUGGUAUUGGUUCUUUGCAAAGUUGAAAGAUGUCAUUGAUGAUUCAAACCAGCUAGUGUUUGUGUCGGACAGAAAGAAGAGUAUUAAGCGGGCAAUUACGAGGUUGUUCCCACUUUCUCACCACGGUGCCUGCAUCUGGCAUAUCGAGAAAAAUCUUAUUGCAAGGUAUAGCAGUAGCAAUGUCAUCUUCUUAUUCAAGCGGGCAGCGCUAGCAUACCGCGUAUCGGAAUUUGAUCAGUUUAUGACACAGAUAAGAACCAUUCGACCAUCAAUGGCAUCUUACUUGGAACGUGCCGGUAUAUCCACCUUGUCACGGGCACAUUGUGUUGGUAAUCGGUACAACGUUAUGACGAAUAACAUUGCGGAGUCACUGAAUUCAGUCCUAAGGCAACAAAGAAGUUUCCCUAUAACCUCGUUAAUCGAAAAUAUUACGUCAUUGAUGCAACGAUGGUUCUACAAGAGAAAAAGUGCAUCCACGAAAUGUAGUACGACUGUGACACCAAAAAUUGAUGAUGAAUUGAGAAAAUCAUUCGACGCCGGUGCAACUUUACCAAUGCGACAAAUCCCAUGUUCACAUGCAUCCCGAGCUGCUUGCGCAAAAGAAAAAUCAUUGUAUGAUUUGUGCUCCUCUUACUACACCACAGAAUAUUGGCGAGCUGCGUACAAUGAAGUUCUUCACCCCAUUGGCCGAGAGUCAGAUUGGGUUGUUCCUCAGUCUAUUCGUUCCGUCGAAAUUUUGCCCCUGAAUAUACGUAGAGCACCAGGUCGACCUCCUACCCAACGUCAACGAUCAAGAACUGAAAGGUCGACGUUGAGACGAAAAUGCGGCCGAUGUGGGGGUUCUGGACAUAACAGACACAAUGUGGUAAUGGAUACAAAAGCAACCCAUGAAUGA